AGCUGGUAAUCAGUGCCGUUUCCGCGGCAGUGGCGGUCACCACGCGGCAGAUUACCCAGAUUACGCCGAUUACAUUUGUACGCUGCCGCUCGACGGUCGUUUCUUUUCCGGUGAGACCGCACCGCACUCUCUCCCCGACCUUAUCCCCUCCGCCGCGUGACCUCCGCAACUCGGAGUACGCGCUUGACCGUCUCGGUGAACCGUCGCGAGAUCCGCGUUGCGAUCGGAGGUGCCCGCGAGGAGUCUCGAGUAUUUGGGCAGGACCCGCGGAGUGUUGCGGGGACACCCGUAUCGAACGAGAACACCAGGAGCAUUCGAUAUCCUGGAACGCGCUGAUGGCAGCGACGGCCGUCGCGCGACGGACGCCGCAUCUGUUGACGAUGGAAAUUGGCACUUGAUCUUGAUCAGGAGCUGCGUCCCUGAAGGCCUGGUUCGUCAUGCGCGUAUAAUGACGUUUAAUGAUCCAAUGGUGCAGUAGACGCGGCAAAACGUCGAGAGAGUGCAUCACGCAUAAUGAGGAGAUGCAUUUGAGUGCGGAACAAGAAAACGCGAUGCUGGAGAAAGUCUCGCAGAAUGUGCGAAAGACACGCACGACUGAUUAGAAUGAUCGUCGGCAUAUAUCCAGUAGCUAGAAGUAUAUCAUGAUAGCAGGAGUCAUCAGAUCCCGUAAAAUUCCCUUGCGCAAUAUCCAUCUUGCAUGCUUUGCUUAAGGUGCAGUUCAAAUGUUCUUGUUCACUAAGCCUCGUUUGACUAAAGACCAUAAAAUAUCGUGAAAACAAGUCAACGUGUAACUAUACUGCCUAAACAUCGGUAGGAAUGCAAAAGGUAUAAAAGUGAAGAAGUAAGAGGACUUGGAUCAUCAUGUUGGUAUCUUAAAAAACACUCCUCUGGCUUUAAUGAGGGAAUCCGCUCGUGUCGGCUGGGUCAUUCCGCGGCGAUGCGGCGGAUUCCGAGAAUAACGGAGCACGGGACUUAUUGAGGUGGCAGGUUGCGCCUAGAAGGCCUCGCUUCGAUCGGGGGUAUCGGGGAUUUGGUCCAGGAAUCGCGAUGUGACCGAUCAUCGGCUGAAAGUGUCGUGUAGUUCACUUGCCGUCUCAUCACGCUCAUCUGUCAACAAGCAACGGCGAGAAGCUAAUGCGACGAUCAUCAGCUGACGCUUUAAGGUGUAGCGCCAUUCAGUCAAGUUCCGUUAGAAACCUCGGUGUUAACGAUCGUCUCUAAUAUAAUCCAAUAUGGAAUCGAAGCAACAACUGAACAAUCUUCUCAGUUGUGUUUCCUGAGUGGCUCUUGAGUGCAAUCUGACGGAUUGGCAAAAGCGCGAGCUGUAUUUGGGAGAUUUGAGAUAAUCACAAAACCCCGAAAGACUGACGACGCUUACGAUCGGCAUGAGCAACGGCGAAGGCGUGGUGACCGGUCCGGGUUCCGGCAGCGACCGUUUGUGCGAAGACGUCGACAUGGCCACUCCGACAUCAGCAUCUUCGAAUCUGAAGCCGCGAAGUGGAAAGAUCAGCUUCAGCGUCGACGCCCUGCUGAGUGGCACGAAGAAGAGUGCCAUUAGCAGCGGCACCUUCGCGGCCAGACGAGACAAUGACGAUAGGAUGGGCGCCGAGAAGAACCUCGAGAUGGAGACAAGGUACCGAGAGUUGUUGAUGGAACAGCAGAGGUUGCAGAGCAGAGAACUGCUCGCCAGGUUGAGUCCUCACGGCCUCAGCUUCGGCAAUCAUCACCACCAUCAUCACGCGAGCAGGCUCGAGCAGGAUCACUCGUCUACUCGGCAAGAGAUGCUCACGGUAAAGGAUUUCUCUAGAACGAGCCACGACAAGUCAUCCUCGCCCAUCAGGAUAGACCAAGAGCUCCCGAGGGACCGGGACGAUCAUCGACUGGCGACCAGUUCGCCUGGCGGGAUUGGCGAGAUGCUGGUCUCGCGAGAGCAGGAACGCGUUCAGGAGGAGGACGAGAGGAUCGACAGGGUCACCAAUCCGAGAUCUGUAUCGCCUGCGAGCAGGCGGGAGAUUCUCGACGAUCGCAGUGACUCCGAGGCGAAUCGCUCGCUGGAAGGUGAUCGGACGACGGAUCACUUGGACCUCGAGGACCACGAAAUAAGAAGCGUCGGCCAGUCCGAGGAUUUGAAUGUGAUGGACUCGGAUUGCGAGCUGGAGAGAGACUUGGAGACCAGUCAGGAGAAGGAAGAGAAGUCCAGCCCGGUAGUGCCCCAGCCAAUUCAUCCCGGAGUGCAGAGGCCGUCGCAGGGGCCACCGUAUCUCACCGGGGCACCCGGCGCUCCCGGUUGGAACCCCGCGGGAUUUCCGCAUUCCCUGGCGGGGUUCGCGUGGCUGCCCCCACCCCCACACCCGCACAAUCCUCAUGGACAUCUUUACACGCCGCACGGCGGGCCCACCAGUCCAAACGGGGACCUGAGACUGCCGGGACCCGGACCAGGACCGGUCAGAUGCACCCUCAGGAAGCACAAGCCAAACCGUAAGCCGAGAACGCCGUUCACGACGCAGCAGCUGUUAUCGCUCGAGAAAAAGUUUCGCGAGAAGCAGUACCUGACGAUAGCCGAAAGGGCGGAAUUCUCGUCGUCCCUUCACCUCACGGAGACGCAGGUGAAGAUCUGGUUUCAGAACCGCAGAGCCAAAGCGAAGCGGCUGCAGGAGGCGGAAAUAGAGAAGCUGAGACUGUCCGCGAGGCCCCUCUUGCACCCCAGUUUCGGAUCGGGGCUGAUGUUCUCCGGAGUGGGGCCGCCUGGUACCCCGGGGGUGCCACCCUUCAUCGCGGCUGCCAUGGCUAGGCACACACAUGCCGCCGCGGCGGCGGCCAUGUUCAUGGGGCCGCCCGGGCACCGACCUUAAUAAUGACACGUCAGAACACGCGUGCGAUAUCAAGUCAUUCUUAAUCGUCAUCCAAGGAUCCGACGAUGCAAGGUUUGUAAGCUCGGAGAUCCGACAAGUCCAGAGACAGGUUCAGAGAUUCGUGAAGAACUACGCUGAGUGAAUCCUGGAACCCGAGGUACUGAAGAACCUGAAAGAGCGAAACUGAAAGAGGCAAGAACGUGCGAAGUCGAUAGUCCGAAAACCGAGAAAUUGGAAGAUCAAAAGGCUGGAACGGAGAAGUUGAGAAUCAGAAGCUGGAACUUUGAGAAAUGGAUUCAAGAAUUCAAAGAAGACAAGAGAUUUAGAGAGAAUCAUCAUCUCAAGAUUCCCGGAAGUUGCAAGCAUCAACAGGAAGAUUGAACAAUUCAGUCAACGAUACACAAGUCACGUUGCACAUUGAGACGAGUUCCGUUUCAGAGAGAGGAGACCGCCUAAAAGUUCCCGAUCACUCUUAUUUGUUAGGCCACUCUCGCUCUUUCUCUUUCUCUCUUAUUCUCACUCUAUCUCUCUCCGGCUUUGAUAACCCAGUCUUUCGCCGAAUUACCGCGGAUAUUGGAAUCCGCCACUUAGGAAGUCGAUUAUACAACGGCGAAGCUCGCACAUUAGCUUGGACGCCUUAUCUCUCUCCGGAGACGGAUAAUUUUUCGACACGAAUGCCUGAAGUUAUCGUCCGCAGGUUUGUGACUUAAAAAGCGCCGUCAUAAUUCUCCCUGAAUGACGAGCUGCGUGAUCGGGCGGUUGAAAAGGCGCUUGGAGCUUUGAUCUCAAGAGAGGACACACGGGAAAGUGUACAUAGUGUACAUAGAUAUGCGUUCGUAUGGUAACUAUGGGUGUACGUAUGUAUAUACGCACGUGUACAGGACGCUUCGAUUAUCCUCAAGAGGAGAAAUCGCGCAGAGCGAGCGUUCGACAGAGUUAGUUUUUGGACCGCGCUGGAUCUAUUCGUUCUUAAAAUACGGACCGGUCGGAAGAGUGCAGCCACGUACAACAAGCGAGGUACGUUCAAACAAUUCCGAGUCUGAAUAUUCAAGAAAAAGUGAUCGAGCUGAGGUCGAAUGUAAUAAUUGUCUCCCUGAGAGCACGAUUCCUCAUAUUGAAAGAAUUAAUAAAAAAUAAGAACAGAUCCACUGAAAUUCGUGAGAGAUAUUUUUCUUAAAGCGUUAGAGAUCGUGCGAAACUCGAGCCACAUUCUGAAAAGUUGCAAUUUAGGGAAACAAUGACGCCAGCGUUCAUCCUUCAUCGGCAAGCACAGUUAGUAACUUACUUUGAGAUCCCGAGAUACCUUUCAGACACUUGUUGAAGUUUUGCAAUGUGCGAGGAGACAAGUGCGUGUAAAUUCGUGUCGAUCGUGUGGCAUGCACCGAUCGCGAAUCGAGAAACGUGGAAUCGUUCGUAAGCAGUAAGAAACUAACGUUACGAAUGUGGCGAGGUUCUAGACGUACCUAUGCGCCUUGUGUAUAAAUGUAAGAUGAUAAUUUAUCCAUGGAAGUAUAUUAUAGCAAAAUAAAAGUGAUUUCAGUAUUUA